AACUUCUACAGUAUUGUUGCUGAUAUAAUCCAUAAUUGAAAUGAACAACACUGUGCGCGAUCAUCUUUCCAAAGCAUUGGAUGCUCUUGAACCAGAUCAAUUUGAAGUCUUUAAAUGGAGGCUAAAAUGUAUUAACCACGAUGGAACGGAAAACAUUCCUGUUAGUUCAUUGCAGGAAGCUACGCGACUAGAAGUUGUAGAUCUCCUGAUUCAGUAUUAUGAAGAAGAUGCUGUUAAUGUGUGCAUCAGAGUCCUUCAACAAAGUAAUAUAAAUAAUGUUGCUAGAAAUCUUAAAGAAGCUCUACAAGUUGCAGAUGUUGAUGCUCACCAACUUAUAUCAGAUUACAGAAACUACAUUAAAAAAAGAUUUGAAAAAAUGAAAGAUCCCAAUGCUGUUCCUGGUGAAUAUGUGCUCCUGAAUCAGAGAUACUCAAAGCUAAUCAUCCUAGAUGAUCACCGCUCUAAAGAGGAGAGAGAACAUGAAAUUCGGGCAAUAGGAAGGAAACAUGUUGAAAUCAUUAGUAAGAGAGCGAAGUCAUCAACCAGCCUUGAAAAAUUAUUUAAUCCUGAUAAAAAUGGAUUCAUUCCACACGUUGUUGUGUUGCAAGGAGCUGCAGGAAUUGGAAAAACUAUGAUGGCCAAAAAAAUCAUGCUUGAUUGGGCUUCUCAAAAACUUUACCAGGACAAAUUUCAUUAUGUUUUCUAUAUUAGCUGUAGAGAGAUGAAUCUCCUUGCAGAGACAGAGGAGAGUAGCAUUGAAGAUAUAAUUUCUAAACAAUGGCCCAAGUGUCAUGCAGUGAAAAAUAUACUACAGAAUGAAAAGGAGAUUCUAUUCAUUAUUGAUGGGUUUGAUGAAUUAAAGUAUUCUUUUGAUCUGUCUGAAAACUACUUUUGUACUAAAACCCGGAAGAAGGAGCCAGUGAGAAUUAUUUUGAGUAGUUUAUUUCAAAAAAAGCUUCUUCCUGAAUCUUAUCUUAUAAUCACAACAAGACCAACUGCUUUGGAGAAACUCGAUCAAUGUUUAGGGGACUCACGUUAUUUUGAGAUAUUGGGUUUUUCCACACAGGAGAGAAAAGAAUUUUUCUACAAAUUUUUUGAAAACAAAGCAGCAGCAAUUGAAGCUUUUAGCUUUGUUAAACAAAAUAGUAUACUUUUCACCAUGUGUGUCAUUCCCCUUGUGAGCUGGAUCAUUUGCACUGUGAUGAAACAAGAAAUGGAGAGAGGCAAGGAUCUUCUGAAGACACCGUGCACCCUUACUGAAAUCUAUAUGCUGUAUUUCUCCAGUUUGUUAAAGUUUCACCACAAAGAAUCCAAACAGGCUGUCCAAUCAUAUGUGAAAGGCUUAUGCUCCUUGGCUGCACAAGGAGUCUGGAAUCAAGAAACAUUGUUUUUGGAAGAAAAAUUGAAGACACACAGUUUGGAUCAGGGAGACCCCCUUCCCCUCUUUCUGAAUCAAAGCAUCUUCAAAAGUGGCAUUGGUCGUAGUCAAACCUACAGCUUCAUUCAUUUAAGUUUUCAGGAGUUUUUUGCUGCUUUGUUUUAUCUCCUAGAAGAAGGAGAGGAGCAGCAUUCUCCAAAUCAGGAUAAAAGUUUGCAGACACUGUUAGAAAGACAUAAAUCUUUUAGGCCUAAUUUUGCAAUAGGAUUUCACUUCCUCUUUGGUUUUUUAAAUGAAGAAAAAAGAAUGACAGUGUUAAAACAAGAAUUUGGAUGGAAAAUUUCUCCUAAGAAUAAAGAAUUCUUAUUAGACUAUGUGAAAAAUGAUUUUAAAAAAAGUAGACAUAAUUUCCAAUUGCAAAAAGAAAUGUUUAGUUAUUUAUAUGAGAUACAAGAUGACAAUUUUGUAAAAGAUGCAGUACAUGAAAUCACUGAAAUAGAUUAUGAGUGCAACUCAGAUAUGGAUUUGAUGAUCCUAGCCUAUUGUGUACAACACUGUCACAAUUUGACCUAUCUCAAUGUUGAAGUCCCUGAAUUGCUGUAUAUUACAGAGACCGAAUUUUUUCUAGAAAAUAAGGAAUGGAGUUUGGAUGAAAAAUAUGUGGAAGACUUCUUUAAAGCACUGAAAAAGCUGACAGAAUUAAGAGUCCUGAGUUUGGUAGGAUGGUCCUUCACAGAGUCCUGCAGCAGGGAUCUUGCUGAAGUCUUCAAGAACAACCAGAGACUGAAAAUAUUAGCGUUGUCCCUUGAUGACACAGAUGACACAACAGCAGAAUUGCUGUGCAAGGGGCUCCAAGAUGAAGAGUGUAAAAUAGAAACACUAGUGUUUAGAGGAGAAAACAUGACGGAAUUCUGCAGCAGGAAGAUUGCAGAGGUAUUCAGUAAAAACAAGAGUUUGAGAGAGUUAAAUUUCCACCUCUUCUAUCCAGAUGACAAAGUAGUGAAAAUAUUGUGUAAGGGGCUCCAAGAUAAAGAUUGUAAAGUAGAAAAACUAGGGCUUGCUGGAGAUUUUCUGACCAAAUUAAACAGCACCCAUCUUGCAGAAGUACUAAGGAAAAAUAUAAGAUUGAGAGAGAUAGAGUUUUCUCUCAGAGAAAUAGAUGACGAAGGAGCAGAACUGAUGUAUGAUUUGCUCAAACAUUCAAAAUAUGGACUUGAGACACUACAGCUUGUUGGACAGUUCCUCAGUGAAUCUGGCAGCAGGGAUCCUGCAGAGGUACUGAAGAAAAGUGAGGAAUUGAAAGAGUUAGUGUUACCCCUGAAGAAAACAUUUGACAAAGUAAUAGAGUUGCUGCCUGAAUUGCUCAAAUAUCCAGAAUGUAUAAUAGAUGCACUAUGGUAUCUUGAAAAUUUUUUGGCAAAAUCCAACUACAGACUCAUUGAGGAGAUACUCAGAAAGAACCAGAAAUUGGAAGAGUUUUUCAAGAAUGACUCAGAUGACCCAGAUCACCCAGAUGACUCAGAUGACUCAGAUCACCCAGAUCACCCAGAUCACAAAACACUGAAAUUUAUUUUUGAUGAGUUCAGAGAUCUAGCAGAUAAAAUGCAGAUGACACAACUUGCUGGACAGUUCCUGAUUGAAUACGGCAGCACGCAUCUUACACAUAUUUUCAGGAAAGACCAGAGAUUGAGAGAGUUAGAUUCGUUUCUGAACAACGUAGUUGUCAAAACAAUAGAACUGCUCCUUCUGGGAUUCAAAGAACCUGAAUGUACAAAAAAGGGACUAGGGCUUCUCAGACAGUUCCUGAAUGAUUCCUACCACAAGGUAUUUGCAAUACUUGAAAAAAAUCAGGGAUUGAGAGAUUUAGAGUCAUUUGUGAAGAAUAUAUUUGCCCAACCAAUAGCACCGCUGCUUGAGGAGUUAAAAAAUCCAGAAUGUAUACAAGCUACAUUACAGUAUAUUGGACACUUGCUAAAUGAAGCAUGCAGCUUUUUACUUGCAUAUUUCAGCAAAAACCAGGAAAUGAGGGAAAUCGAGUCAUUCCUGAGGAACACAAAUGACCAAACAACGGAACUGCUCUGUGAGGGACUCAAAGAAAGUAAUAUAGAGACACUAUAG